AUGUGUGUGAAAUGGUUUGAUACAGUAAUGUUUUACUAUGUGAUUUUAGUCACUUUUUGUCAUUUUCAAAUUUCCCGCCGUUCCAUCCUCCGUACGUCCUGAUGUCGCAGGGAACGGAACCCAGAUGACAGAUGCCGGCAUCCGCCGGAGGACAUUGCCAGGGACACUGCAGGAGGGACAUCGCAGGAGCGUAGGGCAAGGUAAGAGAAGAACAGAUCCCGGAGCAGCGCUGCAUGGUAAGCCCGAGUGUAGCUCGGGGUUACCGCUUGUGCUACACUCGGGAAUACCACCAGGGAGGCUA